GUUGUACACAAUACAUGUUUUUCGGCUUUCAUUCAGUAGAUACGGUACCUACAUAGGUACUUAACUGACAUAUUUUGAGCGUGUUUAUUUCUCCUAUGUCAGUAACAAACUGACAAGAAUUUAUUAAUCUGAAGUGCCUAACCGUGUAGAGAAAUUAUUUACAAAAUACUUUUUGUUGUGUAUAAAAAUAGAUUGAAAAAUGGGUUUAGAAAAUAUGCGACGUUGGCCUAUGUACAUUGUAUUUGCCGUUUGUAUUUUGUUGACCCUUUCACUGUUAAAUAGUUGGAAUCUUGAAACUGAAUUGCGAAACAGAAUUAGUGAAGUAAGUAGGCAACUACAAGAGUGUUCAAAACAGCAAACGACAUGCAUGGAAGAAUCGUUAACGUUACUCGAACAACGCGAUAGUUACUCCAACAAAGUAAGCGACUUAAAUAAACAUAAAACAAGACUAGAGGAGGAUCUAUCAGAGUAUAGAACUAAACUAACAAAAUCGGAAAUUCAAAUAAACAACACAAAAGAUGAUGUCAACAUGUGUAAGACUGAGUUGCAGUCAUUAAAAAAUUUGCAUGUCAGCGAGUCUGCUAUGCUGGAGACACUACGAUCGGAAAAGAAGAAAUAUACUAGCCAGCUAACAGCACGAAAACAGAAAAUCGAAGAAUUAGAGAAAGAAAUUGAAAGGCUGCGUGCUGUUUUAACAACUAAGAGUGCUCCUAAUCCCCCUGUACCAUCUAAAGUGACUCCAGCAGCUGUGCCACCAAAACAAAGCCCUGCUUUGAAUGUUGUUCAAAAUCCUAUUAAUGAGCCAGUCCUUGAGAAUGAUGCAAAAGAGGAUAUAGAAGAUCCUAAUGUAUUAAAUGAUGGACAAGAUUUUGAUGCACAAUUACAAUAGAUAUUGAUCUUUUUGAAAAAAAGUCCAUAAAACUGCAAUUUAUUUUGUGUCUUUGAUGAUACAUAAUGUGACUUUAAACUAUAUCAUUUAAUAACUAAGGUAAUUUGUUCUAUAGAAUUUUAAUGAUUGGUUCUUAUCUCUAAAUUAAUAUAUUCCCUAGAAAAACUUGAUUCAUAAUAAUAGAAGUUACUGUCUUCAAGUAGUAUGUAUUUCUUGUAGUAUUUCUUUUAAAUAAAUUUGUAACUGUGAUCAGCCAAUUCGUCAACUUUAGUAAUUCAUAUUACGCAAAGAUCACUUACGAAUCGAUCAAAAUUUUGCCUCUCACUAUCAAGUCAUAUUAAAUAU